UAAACUACAGCAACAGCAAUGGCAACAACAAUGAGCAUAAGGAAGUGCAGAAUAAAAACAAAAAUUUGAAAAUUAUAUUCUAAAAAGCAGAGCACGAAACAAACAAGCGAAUGAAUGAAACAAAAACUACGUAAAGUCAAGACGGCAAAGACAGUGGCUGACGGCAGACGGCAGACGGCAAACGGCAGGCGGUAGGUGCUGAGGAGGAGCAAGAAGCAGAAGAAGAAGCAGUAGCAACUACGGCAAACCGUUUCGUUGGUUGUAGCGGUAUUUGACGAGUUUAGCGAACGCGAUGAUCGUAGUGUUGGUUGGUAGUCGUAGACGUAAUGUUGGGUGGGAUCGUCGGUAAAUUUUUACCAAAAACUAAAUAUAAUAUAAUUAAACAAAAUAAGAAAUAAAUAAAGGCAAAAUAAAAAAAAAAAUAAAUAGCGUGUGGUGCGGUGGUGGCGUAUGUGUUUAGAAACGGUAGCGAAAUUUUGUAUACAAACCAACAAAAGCAAAAAAAAAAAAAAAUAUACAUAAACGGAUACAGUAGUUUCGAGAGGAUCGAAAAAGUGAAACGACGUGAGGGAUACUGUAAAAGGGAUUUCCGGAGCAAAGAGGAAUAAAAGAAAUACAUAGAUUAUGGACAUUAAAACGCCCACGACGCCCGUCAGCAACGGCAGCGCCAAUACCAAUGGUAACAGCACACACAGCAGUGGUCACCACAACAGUAGUAACAGCACCGGCAGCACCUACCAUCAUCAUCGCGCUCCGCGCACGCCCGAAAGCUACUUCAACGUGCCCGAAUCGAUUGCGCUGCUGAAUAUCGUCAAAUCCGAGCGCAUACAAAGUGCCUUUCAGUCGAACCGCAAGAACCAUGCCAGCGUUUGGGAGAUGGUCGCCGAAGUGUUGAAUCGGUUUAGUGCGCGCAAACGCUCCGCCAAACAGUGCUGUAAUCGAUAUGAGAAUUUGAAAAAGAUCUACACACAACUAAAAAAGAAUCCCGAACGACAUGUACGCCGCAACUGGCCGUAUAUGUUUCUGUUCAAAGAGAUCGAGGAGCAACGCGGCGAGUGUUGGGGUUCAGCGAAUGGCAAACGUUUGGCUUUGAUUGCGAAGAGCCACAAAGAGCUAUCCUACUAUCAGCGUCGACGACAGGCCGCUGAGCUGGGCGUCGCAUAUUUGGGCAAAGAAGCGGCCGCCGUUAUGCAACACAGUCUGCUGCAGAGUCUCUCCACCGACUCGAGCAGCAAUAACAGCAAAAUGGAACGUUUCCUGCCCAAUCAUUUCGUGGAAGCGCAGUUGGGCGAUGGACUGGGUAACGGCAUGAGCAUGUACGAUGAUGGACCUCCUCUGCAUCUACCACCUGGGGCCAGCGCAGCAGCUGCGGCGGCGGCUGCGGCAAUGAGUGUGGCCAUACAAAAGGAGCAGGAAAUGCGUGAAAAUCACGAGAACAGCGGACUGGGUAGGUUGGAAAACGAGAAUGCCGUUGCGGUGCCGCAUGCGAGUGAUCUAAGUGGGGCGUUGCCAUUGAAUGGCAGCCCGAAUAUGCCUAACGGAGUUGGUGGUGUGCCGAAUGGUGGGGGUGUGGCCAGUUUGCUGCCACCACAUACCGUUAAUGGCAUUAAAGAUGUCCUGCGACCACCGUUCGAAAAGGAAAGUAAUAGUGGUGGGCCGUUGGGCUUGCCGAACGGCGAAAAUAAUGUUUCUAUGAAAUCCGAGCCAAUGUCCGAAGGAGAAUUCAAUCCAGACGAUAUACAGUUAAUGCAAACGAAUUAUAAUGGCUCCCAAAACUACUACACACAUAAUAUCGAACACAACAUCCUCCACCCGGACGUCAUCGUGGAUACUGAUAACAUAUCCGAUUGCAGCAGCGUCAUUGGUGGCGGUGAUGACAUUGGUGGCUCGGCAAAAAGUAAACGCAAGCUUUCCACAUCCACCGAUGGCGGUGACAGUACAAACUAUGAACUGAUCGAGUACUUAAAACGUCGCGAAAAGCGUGAUGAGGAAUUACUGAGGCGCAUGGAUGCGCGCGAGGAGCGGCUCUUAGCACUGCUGGAGCGCACAGUGGUGGCUAUAGAAACUUUGGCGGGCAAGAAGCCCACGCAGAUUAAGCAAUAAAAUCAAUAUGAUUUCAAUUGAAGCAAAAAGUGUGCCUUUGGAGCAGUAAGAAAUCCAGUCAUUUAGUGAGAUAAGCCAUAUUAGUCGUAAGCUAGUUACGUAAGUCCUUACAAUGCGCUAACAACGGUGCCAAAGAACAAUUUUGAUGAGAUUUUUUUUACAUAUUACUUUAAGCCAUACUUAAUACUCAGUAAUCUUUGACGGUUUUUACAAACUUAUUUAUAUUUACACUUAACAAUUAUAUAUUUUUAGAAUUUUGUGCUUAAUUAUUUUUCAAGUGCAACGUUAAGGUUAUGGAUGCUAUUUCAAAUAACUAAAAAUCUUACCAAAAAUUUACUUAAUUUUAUUUAAUUUCUU